AUGGCUGAAGUUGUUUCUGGUGCGGCAUCAACACUCUUGGCCAAUUUAGCAACAAAAUCUUUUCAAGAGAUUGCUCUGGUAUGUGGUCUUAAAGAUGAUGUAAAAAAGUUUGAAAGUUCUUUGAGAACCAUCAAAGCAUAUCUCAUAGAUGCUGAGAACAAGGAAGCAAAAAAUCACAGUAUAGAUGAGUGGUUGAAGCAACUCAGAGAGGCAUUGGAUGAUGCUGGUGACAUAUUAGAUGAAAUAGAGUAUGAAGCAAAACGUAAUGAAGUGGUCAAAAUGUAUGGAACCAUUUGCACAAAGGUUCGCCGAUUCUUCUCAUAUACAAGUAAUCCACUUGCAUUUCGCAUCAGGAUGGCCCAUAAAAUCAAAGAUAUGAAACAGAAGAUGGAUGAAAAAAUAAGAGAAGGGAGAGACUUGGGUAUAGUUGAACAAUAUGUCAACACUCCAACUCUUGAACACAAUUUAGCAUGGCGAGAAACUGCUUCUUCAUUGUCUUUCCGUGUGUGUGGUAGACUUGAAGAGAAAAAGGAGAUUAUAAAGUCAUUGAUGACACAAAAAUUAGAAGCUAAUAGUAUUGAUGUGAUCUCAAUUUUUGGGAUUGGAGGUUUGGGAAAGACUACACUUGCACAAAUGGUUUACAAUGAUACCCGAGUGAAUGAGCAUUUUGAUCCCUUAAUGUGGGUGUGUGUAUCUGAUGAUUUUGAUGUGAAGAAGCUAAUAAAAAAAAUUAUUCAUGCGGCCUCAAAGAGAGAGAAUGUGGUGGAUGCAAAUUCUAGUUUGGAAUAUAUGAUAUCUCUUCUCAAUCAAAAUUUACGUGGUAAGAGAUUCUUACUCGUCUUAGACGAUGUUUGGAAUGAAAACCACAGCAAAUGGGAUGAAUUGAGAAGUCACUUGUUAGAAGUUGGUGGUGACAAAGGCAGCAAAAUUAUAGUAACCACUCGUAGCAGAAAAGUUGCUGACAUUGUGGGGAGUAAUCUUGUAAUGAAAUUAGAAGGACUUCCUGAGAAUGAAUGUUGGAGGCUCUUUACAAAAUGUGCAUUCCAAGAAGAGAAGGAAGAAGAGAAGUACCCAAGGCUAAAGCAAAUUGGGGAGCAAAUUGUUAAAAAAUGCAAAGGAGUACCCCUGGCUAUAAUAACUUUGGGUUGCUUGCUUAGAUCAAAAUCCCAUGAUGAAAACGAAUGGAGAAAAAUAAGGGAUAGUGAGGUGUGGAAUCUCGAUCAAGAAGAAACUGAUAUUUUGCCAUCACUCAAAUUGAGUUACAACAACUUGCCAUCAGAAGUAAAGCAAUGUUUUUCAUACUGCUCUUCUUUCCCAAAGGAUUAUAAAUAUGAUGGUACUGAGUUGAUUAUGUUCUGGAUGGCUCAUGGACUCCUCCAACCUUCACGCGAAGAAGAAGAUGCAGAAGAUAUUGGGGAGUUGUAUAUUAAGAAGCUUGUUUCAGCAUCUUUACUUCAAAUUGAAGCAGAUUCUUACCCCUACUUUGAUUUCAAAAAUUUAAUGUCAUUUAGAAUACUCAAAAUGCAUGAUCUUGUACAUGAUGUUGCACAAUUAACAAUGAAAGAGUCGAGCAAGACAAGAACCAUUGUGCAAGAGGGACAACAAGUAGAAUGGACCUCUAACAAGUUCAACUAUCUGAAGGUGUUGCACCUAACAAAAGGUGUGGAGUUGAGUUUGUUGCCUGAUGAUUGCUUUGCCACAAUGAAAAAGCACUUGAGAUUUCUCUGUUUUCUGGAUUGUCUUAGUUUGAAAAAGUUUCCUGAUUCCAUUUGCAAGCUGCAAGAUUUGCAGAGUUUGUCGCUUCCAACAACUCAAAUCCUUGUAUCUUUACUGUCCAAAUUUAGUGUCCGUACCAAGUGCUGUUGGUCGCAUGACUACUUUAAAGAAGCUGGUCUUUCUUUGGUGUGA